AUGCAGCGGUGCUGUCGGGAUCAGGGCAAGGAGCUGUGUCUGCCUAGCCCCCCGCUGCCGCUGCAGCAGCAGCAGCAGCAGCAGCUGCUGCUGCAGCAACAGUGGCUGCAGCGGCAGCAGCAGGGGCGAGAACCCGAUCAUACGCAGCAGCAGCAACAGCUGCAGCAGCAGUACUGGAUGCAGCUGAUGCAGCAGCAGCAGCUUCGGCUCCAAACGAAGCAUGAAAGGUUUCAGCAGCAACAGCAGCAGCAGCAGCAGCAGCAUCCGGGCGAGCAGCCACAGGAGCAGCAGCAGCAGCGACAGGAGCAGCAGCGGCUAAAACAGCAGCAGCUGCUGCAGCAUCGUUUACAAAGCCCUGUGCUUGAAGGUUUAGUGCUUAAGAGAGGAAACGCGUGGCCGUGUAAGUUCUGCAGCGGAAACGGCAAGAAGGGGAGCUGCUACUGCAGCGAUUUAGCGCUGCUUAGAGCUGGAGAGCAGCAGCUCGUGCUGCAGCACGAGCAGCAGCAACAGCAGCAGCAACAGCAGCAGCAGCAGCAACAGAAGCUGCUGGCUGCGGGGAGGGUAGGAGACUUCUCCGGUGCGACGUGCUGCUGCGCUGCGCAACCAGCAGCAGCAACAGCAGCAGCAGCAACAGCUGCUGCUGCUGCUGCAGACAGAGGUAGACAAUGCCAGCGCUCUUUGCUUGGGGACAUCCUUUCUCUAUGGAGGGGGAACAGGCAGGAGCAGCAGCAGCAGCAGCCGGUGCAGCAGCAGCAGCAGCCCUUGCAGCAGCAGCAGGUGCAGCAGCAGCAGGUGCAGCAGCAGCAGCUGCAGCAGAUUGGGAGUGCCUAUGAUACCUCGAGGCCUCACGUUUGUACAGAACAUCAGACCUGUCUUGCCGCUGCAGCUCCUGCUGCAGCUCCUGCUGCUGCUGCUGCUGCAGCAACAGCAGCAGCAGCAGCAGCAGCAGCAAGUGGGCGUCCGCUUGAGAGGAAGCGGCCGUCUCCGCUCUCACAGGCUCUUAUAGAUCCUGACAGGGGCUGGAGCAGGAAUGCAUCGCCUGCUGCUGCUGCUGCUGCUGCUGCUGCUGCAGGAACAGCAGCAGCUGCAACGGCAGCAACUGCAGCAGCAGCAGCAACAGAGGACCCCUCCGUUGUUGCGGAGGCGUUGCAGCGGGUGUUUGCUGCAGCAGGCAGCCCCAAAUAUUUAUUUGCUUUUGCUAGCAGAGACGAACAGCUAAUGUGGGCAGCAGCCCUGCAUGCAGCACGAGCUGCUGCUGUUGCUGCUGCUGCUGCUGCUGCUGCUGUUCCUGCUGCGGCUUCUGCUGCUGUUGACGACGACAGCGUAGCAGCAGCACAAGAAACAGCAGCAGCACCACCGGCACCAGCAGCACAAGCAACAGCAGCAGCAGCAGCAGCAGAGAUGGAUAGCAAAGGGCGCCGGCAGCGAAGGAGACCCAGCAGCAGCUUCUCAUUAAGACCCCACCUUAGCGCACUUCCGUUCGCUCCUCUCAGAGGUGCAGCAGCAGCAGGUGCAGCAGCAGCAGCUGCUGCUGCUCCUGCUGCAACGACCCGCGCAGCACUGCUGGGGCCAGGAGGCCACCCCUCCCACCCAGCAGCAGCAACAGCAGCAGCAGCAGCAGCAGCAGGUCAGUGCGGCUGGAGCAGCACUCGCUGUAGUGCGUCUGGUGCCCCUACUUCCCUGUUUGCUUCAGAUUGCUCUUCGUGGGCCUCUCCUGCUGCUGCUGCUGCUGCUGCUGUUCCUGCUGCAGCGGUGUCAGACAGACAACACGGCCAACAGCUGCAGCAGCAGCAGCAGCAGCCGCUGCUGCUGCCGAUAGGCUCAGGUGUAUCCGAGGCAUCGCAUCCUGUACAGUCUGCUGAGCAUAUUGUGCAGAAGCAGCAGCAUCACCAACAGCAGCAGGAACAGCAGCAGCAGCAGCAGGAGCAGCAGGAACCCAGCUGUUUAGAUGCACUCCUCUUCUUGCUAGAGCGUCAGCAACAGCACUUGCUGCAGCAGCACCAGCAGCAGCAGCAACAGCUGCUGCUGGAGCCUGAGAGGCUGGAGGUUCUUGGGGGGGCAAUUAAGGCUGUUAGGGAUGCCAUGCACCGUGAGCAGCAGCAGCAGCAGCAGCAGCACAAGCAGCAGCAGCAGCAGCAGCAGCAACUCCAGCAGCAGCAGCAGUUUGGGAUAUCCCCCCUUGCUGCUGAUAGAGACCUUUUGCAAGCCCUAGUGAAGGCACAGAAGGCUCUGCUGCCUGAGGAGGUGAGCCCAGCUGCUGCAGCUGCUGCUGCUGCUGCUGCUGAUUCUCUUCCUAGGGCUGCUGCUGCAGCACCUGCAGCAGCUUCGCCACGCCUUGCUGCAGCAGCAGACGAGUUUGCUGCUGCGCCUGCCCUUGACAAUUCUGGAUUUGCAGCAGCAUCACCUGGCUGUGCUGCAGCUGCUGCUGCAGCAGCAUUGGCUGCUGCUGCUGCUGCUGCAGCGGUUGAGGGUGUACAGACACCUCGAGGGCCCAGGCAGUUAGUAGUUGAUGCUGCAGGAGCAGCAGCAGGAACAGGAACUGCAGCAGGAACAUCGGCAGCAGCGGCAGCAGAUGCCAGCAGUGUAACAGGUGCAGCAGCAGCUGCUGCUGCUGCUGCAGCCAAUGCGGCAACAGCUGCAAACGCAACUGGAUCCAGUGCUGCAUCCGUUGCUGCUGCUGCUGUUGCAGCAGCAGCAGCAGCAGCUGCUGGAACAGCAGCUGCGGCUGCAGUAAGAGCUGCAAACCCAGCAGCCUUCCCUGCAGCAGCAGAAGCAGCAGCAGGCCCCACAGCAGCAGCAGCAGCAGCAGCUGCUGCUGCUGCUGCUGCACUGGGGGACGAUGGUGAGGCACAGGACCUUCUGUGUGCCAGUCUCUCAGGCCGCAGCACAGGCAGCAGCAGCAGCAGCAACAGCAGCAGCAGCAGAAGCAGCUUGGGCUCGCCGUUGUCCCUUAAAGCAGAUUUAGUAGCAACAAACACGAACUCCACAGCAGCAGCAGCAGCAGCAGCUGAGGCUCCCCUGUCUCCAGACACAGCUGCAGACCAGCAGCAGCAGCAGCAGCAGCAGCACCAGGAAGAGACAGCCCUGCUGCACACGUUGGUGCUUGAGCUGCUCGAUCGCCUGCACCUGCAGCAGCAGAGACACCCGGAAGAGACAGAAGACGCCGCAGCAAUUGCUAAGCUGAGGGAAGACUUUGCUGCUGCCCUGCUGCCGCAGCAGCAGCAGCAGAAGCAAGAAAAGGAGGAGGAGCAGCAGGAGCUUCCCGAACUGCUGCAGCAGCAGCGGCUGCUGCAGGACGAGUGGUGGCUGCCAGCUAAUACCGCAGACGCCCCAGCAGCAGCAGCAGCAGCAGCAGCAACACGUGCAACAACCCGCGCUGUUUGCGAACAGCAGCAGCAGAAGCAGCAGCAGCAAGAGAAGCUGCUGCUGCCGCCAGACGCUGCUGUGUUUUGUCUUAAUACUCCUCCUUCAGCCAGCCCUCAAGGAGGCAGCGAGGCAGGAGACUAA